AUGCAGAUAACGACGUCGGUCACAUCACCAAACUCAAAACUUACCCUGGGCGACCUUUUUGACUCGUACGACGAGAGCAAGAUUCAUUCCCAGCCCGGUCUGAGAUGGGAUCUGUUCCCCGGCGGCGAGCAAGAGGGUCGUUUAAGGACUGUGGUUGAUUUUUUCGGAAAUACACAGAAUGUGCAGGUGGAAAGUAACGCGACGACGGGGCCGGGAUCGCUAAAGGAGGAUUUGGAUGAGAUUGCGAAGUUGGUUGAGAAGUGGCAGAGGCGGGAGGAGGAGUAUCCAUUUUUGACUCAGAAUACCACUACAUUCUCUGAUCGGAAGGACAAACGCUCGGAGCCGUCACCUGCUGCUAGUACGGACCAAAGGCGACAGGUUGUUGCGGGCGCUAGCAAGAUGACUGACGAGGAUAGUUGGACGAAACGAUUAGUAGGAUUGGUGGUUGUUGGUGCAGGCACUGGACUCUGGCUGGCUGGAUCAGUCUUUGGUAGGAAGGCCUAA